CACGCAGAAGACGUCACAACCACAGAGAGCACCACCGUCGCCCUCGCCAUGCUGGUGACGAAAUCGACCCGUCCACUGGUUUACCUACUACUGCACCCUCGACCGGCGGUGGAGGUGUCUCAGGCUCAGGCAGCUCCGUUGAUGUCACUGAUGCCGGUGUCACCUACACGAUGUCCGUAGGAGUUGGCAGCCCUGCCACCCAAUACACUCUCCUCAUCGAUACUGGAAGUUCUAACACUUGGGUUGGUGCCGCCACCCAAUAUGUACCAACCAGUACUAGUCAGAACACCGGUGACACCGUCAAUGUCAGCUACGGUUCUGGAUCCUUCUCGGGUACCGAGUAUACCGACACUGUUACUUUGAGUUCUAGUUUGGUAAUUCAGAAUCAGUCUAUUGGUGUCGCAUCGACUGCAACAGGUUUCAAUGAUGUGGACGGUAUUCUUGGUGUUGGCCCUACCGAUCUUACUCAAGGAACUGUAUCCGGGCAAACCGAGGUGCCCACUGUUGUGGACAACUUAUAUUCACAGGGCACUAUUGGAGAAGACUCCAUUGGAAUUUCUUACGAGCCCACCACUACCGAAGGAGAGCUCAAUGGUGAAAUUACAUUCGGUGGCACCGACAACACCAAGUAUACUGGUGAACUCAGCUACACCCCUAUUACGACAACCUCUCCAGCGUCCAACUACUGGGGCAUCAACCAGUCUGUAACUUACGGUACAGGCACCACCAUCCUGAGCACCACUGCCGGGAUUGUUGACACUGGUACCACGCUUUUGAUGAUUUCCAGUGAUGCAUUCUCUGCUUAUCAGCAGGCUACGGGCGCUACUGAAGACCAGAGCACUGGCCUCUUGACGAUCACUGAAUCCCAAUACGAGAACCUUCAGAGCCUGUUCUUCGACAUCGGCGGAGUCACCUAUGAGUUUACUGCCAAUGCGCAGAUCUGGCCCCGAUCGCUCAACAGCACUCUCGGUGGUGAAGAUGGCCAGAUUUAUCUUAUUGUGUCUAGCCUGGGAACCCCCAGCGGCCAAGGUCUGGACUUCAUCAACGGUUUCGGAUGGCUCCAGCGCUACUACAGUGUGUUCGACACUGCCAACGCGCAACUCGGCUUUGCGACGACCCCCUAUACGGAUGCGACUACCAACUGACUCCCUUCGACAACGGCAUCGCGUACUGCCAAACCCAGUACAGCUAGAUUAUGAUUACACCCUUUUCACGACAUAACGAGCUAGAAUAUCAUUGAUUUUGAGGACUCUUCUUUUCUUUUCCUUUUGCCGAUAUCGUUCUUUCUUUGUAUACCUUGUAUGUGACAAGAUUCUAGACAGUGAACCUUCCGAGCUGUGUAGUGUAUUUCAGUAAUGUUUUGCAAUAUCACGAACAUUUUUCAUCGG